AUGGACCAGUUUUAUCUAGACAAUGCCAAACUAUACCAACAGCUCGUGGGAGCGCUUGAUCAACCAGCUCGACCGGAGUUAAACAAAUCGGAUAUUGUGACUGCGGCACGCAUCCGACCGAUGCUGGAAGAGGACCAUGCGGCAGGGUUUCCUUGCGCUAUCUAUCCAACAACCACGCAUACGCCCGGGGAACUACAGACCGUCUACCUCCACGAUCUGCAUAAUCAUCCGCGCGGACGACCAGUGCUGAAGUCUUCCAAGCACGAGGUAGACCGGGUGUACGGUGAAACCGCAACCACCGAAACCAUCUACGCGGAUCUCGUCGUCGAGCUCGUCGCCUUUGCGCGUCAAGGCGGCAUCGGCACCCUGUUCGCCUACGGACAAACCGGCUCCGGCAAGACAUACACAAUCAGCCAGCUCCAACGACUCGUCGCCGUGUCUCUGACGGAAGAGGUAGUCCUCGCCGAACAAGACAUCCACGUCACCAUUGUCGACCUUGCGGGCAAUUCGGCGUUCGACUUGCUCGACUCCCGCAAGCCGAUUUCCGUGUGGCAGGAUUCGGCGGGCGAUAUGCAACUGGCCGGCGCGAAAGAAUGUCAAGUCGGCUCGGCGGUGGAAAUGCUGAGUUUGAUCGAUCAAGCUGCGACUUACCGCCGGACCGCGUCGACUUUAAGAAAUGACGCUUCGUCGCGCUCGCACAGUAUCUGUCGAGUCCGCAUCUGCAAUAAACAUACUACCCCGGACGCUCCCGGUGGCAUUCUCUUCCUAGUCGAUUUGGCGGGAUCGGAAGCGGCCAGAGACGUCACAUCACACGGAGCAGAUCGCAGGCGCGAAACGAAAGAAAUCAACAUUAGUCUGUCCGUGCUCAAAGACUGCAUUCGAGGCAAAGCGCAGUACACGCUACUGAAGUCACGCGGAUCCGAAAGAGAGCUGAGACAGUUGCACAUCCCCAGUCGUCAUAGCACAUUGACAAAGGUGUUGAAGCACGUUUUUGAUCCGUGGGCCAGCCGGCCGUGCAAGACGGCUGUGAUUGCAUGCCUCAAUCCCAGCCUUGCUGAUGUGGUUUCGAGUAAUAAUACGCUGAAGUACGCGAAGAUGUUAAGGGCACCGGCGUGA